GUGAUGUCGUAAAGCGUUGGUGCCGUAAACCAGGUGCGGCUAAGGGGAGGGAGGAGGACACCGAAGAGGGGGUGGGGGGGGGAGAAGAGCGGGUGAGAGAGGAGGUGACUCUCCCGCACCAUUUAGACACAACGAAAGGAUCAUGGCGGAUGGCCCCAGGUGUAAGCGCAGAAAGCAGGCCAACCCGAGGAGGAACAACGUGACCAACUACAAUAAUGUGGUGGAAGCUGGCACAGACUCGGACGACGAGGACAAGCUGCACAUCGUGGAGGAGGAAGCCAGCCUGGCGGACGGGGCGGAGUGCGACAGCACCCUACCAGACGACGAGCACCCCAGGGAGCACUGGGAUGGAGUGAAAGAAGACUGCGUAUCGGACGGCGAGGACGACGCGAGCACGGACGCAUUGGUGGAGGAGAUGCUGCAGCAGGGGGACACGGCCGUCAUUUACCCAGAAGCCCCGGAGGAUGAGCUGCAACGCCACGGGACUCCCGAAGCCGGCAUUCACGAUGAAAAUGGAACUCCCGAUUCCUUCUCUCAGCUGCUCACCUGCCCUUACUGCUCGCGUGGCUACAAGCGUUACAGCUCCCUGAAAGAGCACAUCAAGUACCGGCACGAGAAGACCGAGGAAUGCUUCAGCUGCCCCGAAUGCAGCUACACUUUUGCACACCGCGCACAACUGGAGAGACACAUGACGGCCCACAAGCCAGGAAGGGAUCAGAGACACAUCACGCAGUCGGGAGGCAAUCGCAAAUUCAAGUGCACGGAAUGUGGCAAAGCGUUUAAAUAUAAGCACCAUCUGAAGGAGCACCUACGCAUCCACAGCGGAGAGAAACCCUACGAGUGCUCCAACUGCAAGAAGCGCUUCUCCCACUCGGGCUCUUACAGCUCGCACAUCAGCAGCAAGAAGUGCAUCAGCCUCAUCUCCGUCAACGGGAGACAACGGCUGAGCAACACCAAAACCCAGACCCAGGUUCAGACUCCAAUCCUUCCCACGUCACCCUCUGCCCUCCGCACACAGAUUAGAGAGAAGCUAGAGCACAGCAAGCCCCUGCAGGAACAGCUGCCCCUCAACCAGAUCAAAAGCGAGCCUAUGGACUAUGAAUACAAACCCGCAGUGAUGGCAUCCCCAGCUGUGGCCGGCAUGAAUGGUGGCGUUUACAGCGGAGGGGCUGCAGCUCCUCUGCAGGGCACAGUCCAAGCUGUGGUCCUGCCCACUGUGGGCCUCGUGUCACCCAUCAGCAUCAACAUAGCAGACCUCCAGAAUGCUCUCAAAGUGGCCGUGGACGGUAAUGUUAUUCGCCAAGUCCUGGAAAGCAAUGCCAAAGGCCAGGGCCAGGCCAAUUUGGGGUUAACCACUGGAACGCUCCAUCCUUCCCAGCAGCAGCUCAUCUCAGCCAUCAGUUUGCCUAUUGUGGGUCAGGAUGGCAACGCAAAAAUCAUCAUAAACUACAAUUUAGACCCCAACCAAGCCCAGCUCACAGCGCAAAACCUUAAGAAGGAGCCUGAACUGUUCUCGACUACUCAGCCAACCACAGAGCCAUCUAAGUAUCAGAAACUCCCUGAAGAUCUGACCAUCAGAAGCAAGAGGGCCACUGAUACUAAAGAAGAGGAUAAAACCACUAAGACUUGUCUCCUGUGUGAUAGUUGUCCCGCUGGGCUGGAAGCCCUCCAUGCCCUCAAACACUGCAAGAAGGAGAGUCUCAGGCUCAAUGGAGAGUCUGCUGUUGCUGCCCUACUGUCAGAGGGAGGACUUUCCAACCAGCCCAAGAACCUCUUGUCCCUGCUCAAGGCCUACUUUGCCUUAAAUGCAGAGCCCAGCAAGGAAGAACUGGCCAAGAUCUCCGACUCAGUCAGCCUUCCAAUACAUGUUGUCAAGAAGUGGUUUGACAAAAUGCAGGAGGGUCAAAUAUCCCUUGGUGCCCCCACACCUCCUUCUGAAGAAGAGGACGCCUGCGAUACCAACAGCGUCGUAUCGCUGAUCCAGGGGAAGGCGAUGGCCUCCAUGAGUCCUUCUGUGACUCAGGACAGUCCUACAGAAGCAACCCCAGCGGAGGUCAACGGCUCCCACAGCUCUCCGGCUUCUCCUUUACCACUAAACCCGAGAGCUGACGGUCUCCUUCAAGACCUGCCCCUUCACAGCACUGACGCACCACUAGACCUGUCCCUGCCAAAGCCCGACAAAGAGGAAACCGAUGGCGUGGUUGUAAAAUCCCGCAACUACCCUUCACCUUCUUCUGUCCGUACCAAUCUGGAUGAACCUUUGAACUUAACUUGCACAAAGAAAGACUCGUCGCCACUCUCAUGUGUGGGCUCCGGCCCUGUCGCACUGUACGCCAGCCCACCAAGUGCCAAAUCCCUUAAUAUCAUGACCACUCAACUCCCCACGCUGGUGGCCAUUGCAGACCAGAGCCCCAUGCAAUGUCUCAGGGCACUGACCACCAACAACAAACAGACCAUCCUGAUCCCUCAGCUGGCUUACACUUACACCACUACGGCUAGCAGCCCUUCCAGAACUGAGACGCAGGAAACCAUCCACCUCAACGGAAUCAAGGAAGAGAAGCAGGACACGGGCUCUGAGGGCACGUCGGCCAUGGAGGAACACAACGACUCGGACUCGGGCCCGCUGAGGAAGAAGAUGAAGAAGACGGAGAGCGGCAUGUACGCCUGCGACCUGUGUGACAAGAUCUUCCAGAAGAGCAGCUCGCUGCUCCGACACAAAUACGAACACACAGGGAAACGACCACACGAGUGCAGCAUUUGCACCAAGGCGUUCAAACACAAACACCACUUAAUCGAACACAUGCGGCUCCACUCGGGGGAGAAACCCUACCAGUGCGACAAGUGCGGCAAACGCUUCUCCCACUCGGGCUCGUACUCGCAGCACAUGAACCAUCGCUACUCUUACUGCAAGAAGGAGUCUCAGAGCCAAGGCGGAGGCCGGGAGAGCCCGGAGGAGGACGCCCUGAGCCGGGCGCGGGGCUCGCACCUCGCGCCCUUCCAGAUGGACUCGGACGAGCGAGGGAGCAGCACCAGAGAGGACGAGGAAAGCGAAGAGUUCGAAGAGGAGGAGGAGGAGGAAGGCGCGGUCGACAUGGAUGACAUCCAGGUGGUGCAGAUAGGCGACGAGGGCGGGGACGACGACAACCAGGCCGAGGAGAAGACGGAGGAGACCGAGGGGGGAGCCGACACGAGACAGGCGGCGGGGGAUGAGCCGAUGGACGACGGAGAACGGGACGUGACGCGGGAACGAGAAGAGGACGGCGGGGAGGUCGCGGGGGAGAACGGCGGCGAAGAGGAGACGCAGGAGAAAGGAGAGAGUGACUGAAAGACGAGAGGAGCCAGCAGACUCCUGCUCCACUCGUUCGUGCCCGCUCGCUUCAUUCAGUUCACUACUGUGUAGAAAUCCUGGUGUGCCUGAAAAAUUGAAAACAAAACAAAAACAUACUAGUGACUUUUCCACAGGGAAGAAGAAGAAAAACAAACAAUUCUCAAAAACCAUUUGUAAAGAGAAAAAUAUGAAGAAUGCAAAUUUUACUAAAGGAAGGAAAUGCAUUAUACAGACUUUGGAAGCUAGAGCCGACAAGUUUUAGAUAAUGUUUUGUUACUAAAACACCUUGGUUCAUUUCUUUGUAUCAGUGUUACUAAUUUCGCCACUCAUAUUUUAACCCUUAAAUGCUGUACAGUUGGGAGAUAUUUCUAUACCUUUUUAUUGCUAAUGAACGUGAGAAAAAAAAAGUCAGUAUUUUAUUAAGUUGGAAGGAAAAUAAGACAAAUCCUGUGCACUACAAGUGGCUUGGUUUACGUGACGAGCGAGCAGUUCAGUUGUGUUUUUCUACCCUUCAGUAUUACGCGCACGAGAGACGCCGCAACGUCGCGCUGAUUUUGGUUUCUACUAGUUUUCCGAUUGGGAUCGUGAGCCUUAAGAAUAAAAAAAACGUCAGCGAGAGGACGGGUCUUUGCAGCUCUUUUGACUUUUCAGGGGACUUUUGCUUUUCUGUGCAAAUUCUUGACAUUUUGGGACAAACGCUUGUUCACUUUUUCUUUCUCACACAACCGCGGGCCAACUAAAUACAUAAAUAUGACGUCAAACCCAUGAACAAAAGUACGAGAUUAGCAAUACUAUAUUCAUGAAAACCAGGGAUUUUUUUUUUUUUUGGAUCGAUUUUAAGUAUUAAGGCCACACUCAUUUAUGGAAUUCCAAAGAUAAAGUUGACAUAAUACGAGCAUGAAGUUGUAAUACUGUAUUUGUCGCAGGGAAACACAAAAUUACACGAAAAUAAUAUUACAAUUACUAGAAUCAAGUCAAAACAAUUGAAAUAAAUGUUGGCAAAUGUGAGGGGGUGAGAUAAAUUGUGAUUAAAAUUAAAAUUUAUGUCCUGUUUUUGUAAAUGACAGACACACAAACGCAAUUGUCAACAUUUUUGUGGAAAAAUUUCACAUUGACUUAAAAAAACUCAUAAUAUACAGUAUUACUGCUUAGUUGUGAUAACAUUGUGGCAUUAAUAACAAUAAUUUAUUCAUACAGUGUUACUCCUACCCCCCCAGUGUGAUCCAAAUACUGUACGCGCUACAAUAGUAUUUUGCUUUCAUUUCCUCUCUACAAUAUAAAACACAAGAGGUACGCGUGCUUUUGAGCUGCCACGGCAUUGAUACUUCUUAAAGCGGUCAAAGGUCAAUGAUAUUGUUGUUUAAAAGUUUGAACUCUUUUCAUUACAAUGACAUUCUGCCAUAAAAAGAUUCAUAAGGCUGUUCAUUAUAUUUUACAUUAACAUUCAUGAAAUAACAUUCAACGAGCAGCCAGGAUGUCUCAAAACUUGUUCAGUUUGUAUUUUUUACACAUGAAACUAAGAUGCAAUGUAGUUUUUUUUUUUUUUUUGUGUGUGUGUAACUUUACUUUCUAGCCGCAUGGACAAGAGAGAGUUUUCUCCCACCCCAAAAUGUCAAAAUAUGCUUAAAAAUGUUUAGAAGCUAGUAAAAAAAAAAAAGUUUAGGGAAUUGUUUUGUUUGUUUGAAAUUUCCUUUAGAUAUCCAAACCUCCCACCAACCCAACUUUCUGAGCCUUAUGCAUAAAUUUACAAAAAAAUAAAUAAAAACUAUGAGAAACAAAGUGAAAGAUGCAUAUAUGAAAAGUGCCAUUACGCUGUGGAAGUUGAGCAGCUCCGAUCAGGUAUUAGCAGAUCCCAGACCGGUCAGUCGACAAAAGAGUCCAAGCUGGCCUAUUACGUUGUUGCGUAGUUACAAAUAUUGCGUCAUUUUUGGAAAGGUAUUACUUCAUUGGAGCAAGGAUUAGCACACGCGACUUUUGUCAUUGUUGUCAUUUUGUUUUCUGCCUUUUUCUAAGCUUGUUCAGUGCACUUGUUUUAACACACAGUGAUCAAAUGUCUCUUCAGGUAACGCAAGCAAAUUCCAGGAGCUUCUUUUCAACAUGUCAGUAUUAUUUUUGACCUGUUAUUUUGUUUUGAUUUUUACUUUUUUUUGUUUGUUUUGUUCAGUUCCUGUGUGUGUACUGUAUGUUCAGCAGUUGCAGUAUUAUUACCCUCCCCCCCUUCCCCCAAAAGAGAUGGGUUUGUCUGUUUAGCCAUAGAGAACAUUUAUAUUUAUGUCUUAUUUUUUUAUAUUUCUUUAUGGUUUAUUUAUUACACUAUGUAGUGUACAUUACUGUAGUUUGUAUUAAUACGAUAAUAUAUUUUAGUAUGGGAAGAAGAAAAAGAAAAGAUUCAAAAGGUAACAACCACAAGCCUGAAACAAAUGAGACUCCGGCAAACUGAAGUUUUUUGUUUUUUUUUUGUUCUCCAAUGAAUAACCCCUCCCAAGCCUGAAAAAAUUGGAACCUGUGACCUCUUUGCCUCCAUGUUCAAGUUACUUUAGUUUUUCUCUCUAGUAUGAAGCUACUGAACUUUUUUUUUUAGAACAAAUACCUGUAUGUCUAAUAAAAUAGCAUGAGUGUGCCGUUGUAUCGAAGGAUGAACCGUAAAGCACCCAAACUGUCCUGUUUGCCACGCCAAGCCAAAAUAAUAAUUGUUCCCGUGCUUUUUUUUGUGCCAACAUGUUACUUUCGACAUUAUUGUCAAGACAAUGCCCACUUUUAUAAGGCCCUCUUCCCCUUUAACAGCCUCAUCUUUUUUUUUUUUUUAUUGUGAUUGUUUUCUCUCUCUUUUUUUUUUUUAAUGACUCCCCAUCUCACAAUAAAAUACACCAAAUGCAAACGUG